UCGUCUUGUAUGGUACAAAAGUCAUAUUUUUGAUCAUUCAAUAUUAAUGGUCAAGGAAAAAUCAAGUUUGCCUAAAUUUUUAUAGUGGUUAGGUAAGGGGUUUUAAAAAUGGCGGAAAGCACAUGAAACGUGCGUUUUUAAUUUUUAUAAAUCUUGGAAAUCAACAACCAAAUAAUGUCAAACAUUCAAUGUUUACCGUUUCUUGAAGGAACAAAAUUUAUCGUCGUGGAUGAAGGAGUGGAGGCCACCUUUGCCGAAACUUUAAUCACAGGAUGGUUGAAAAUGUGGCAAAGCAAAAAUCUGAGCAACAAAAUAGAAAUGCUCUUAUUUUCGAGUCCAAAGCAUCUUCACGCCGAUCAAUUUAAUUCCAUGAAAUUAGACAACAUAAACAUUUCCGAUUUUUAUUCCAUAAAAGCAAACGAAACCGAAUCGAUACCGGAAAAGUUGCAAAAAUACCUCACAACUUUUCCACAAAACUCUAUCGUUAUAAUAAAUUGCUUGAGCACUCUCAGUUUAUCAGUAGGCCUCGAAAAAACGAUAUCCUUUGUCGAAAAACUCAAGGAGAAAGCAGGCCAAUUAAUUGGAAUAUCUCGAAGAGAUUUUGGUAAUCUUAACAUCCCCAAAAUCGAAACUUAUGGAACCACUUAUUUAAAAUUGGAGCAGCAUUUCAGAAUUGCACAGAACAAUACUAUCGCUUACGAAGGGAGGUAUACUCACAGAAAACCUGGAGGAGGUAUUUUGCGGCAGUCGGAAUUUGUUACACAGGAUGUAACAACUUACGAAAUUACCUCGGCGAAAAUUUCGAAUGAUUCGAGUCGCAAAACAAAGAAAGCGUUUUCAGAAAAACCAAAAGCAGUUCAAACCUCUUUCAGAAUAGAAAUGAGUGAUAAGGAAAUGGAACAGAGAAGAAAUACUCCGUUGCCUUAUACUGCAGCUAUAAAUCCUCAAAAGACAACUAUUUAUUACGAGCCUGAGGAUGUGGAUGAUGACGAGGAAGAAGAUCUUGAUGGCGAUCUAGAUAUUUAAGUCUUUAUGGAUUUGAAGAGUUUUACUGUAAGGACUGAUUUUUUUUAGCAAUUUUUAAUUAUGAAAUUUCGUUAUAUUUAUCACAAUAAAUGAGUGAAAUGAAUAGGAAGAACAA